CCUGGACUGGAUUGUGGAUUGUGGAUUGGAGCAGUGAUUGGAGGAUAUGUUGGGAAUGAGAACUGGAAGAGGCUGGGAAACAAACAGGGAGUGUUGUGUGGACUAGAGGCCGCAUCGAUAUCACAAAAUGAUCGAAUAAACGGCGCGUUUGGCGGAUUGCAAUGCACACUCAGCGUGCGGGGAAACGGAAUACGAUAUUUAUCGCUGAUCUUUAGCCUACUAAAGACAAACCGCGUCAAUUAAGUCCAGCAUGCGGCAUUUUUACGCGCUGAUCUUGCAUAUGAAUUGAACACAAACGUGUCCUGAGACUGAAAUAUCUGUGGCAUCUCCUCUCUGUGAUUCUGACUGGAUUUGUGAAGACGAAUGACAUUAAGGCGUUAACUUAGUUCUUCAUUCAUGCACCGAGCCUAUCGCACGGAUACUCAAUAUAAUCUGUCUGUCGGUCAUUUUGGGUUGAUUUUAGUGACGAUAAAGGACUCGUUCAAUCACAAGUGAUUCAACAUCACAGAACAGUGCCAUGCAACCCCUGUCCAAACAGCUGAUGCCCGCAUAGAGGUGUCUGAGUAGACACCCUCUGGCUGCAGAGGAUGCUGGGAAUGUGUCGUGGGCGCAGGAAGUUUGUGGCUGCCUCCCUCGCCCUGAUCUUUAUCCCAGCCCUUACCUGGCUCUAUCUGUCAUCAGCAAAUUUCACGGUCAAACCGUUGCCUCUGUCGCCGCUGGAUCCUCAGUCAUCCGUGCUGAUCGGAGCCGCUGCUGAGCAUCAGGAUGUGGAGCUGCAGCUACGAGAUGUGGAAGAACGUAACCAUGCACUGCGGAGAGAGAUUAGCCUACCACCCAGGGUUCCAACACAUAGCAACAGUCGCCAAGGGAAACAGUUACACACCCAUUCCACAGAAGAGGGUACAGGUGAUAGUGAGGCUAAAAAAGGAGCAGCCUCGGGCAACAGCUCGGACUGUGUGCCUCAGCCUGUGGUGAACAAAUGUGAGACAAUUCAUAUCGCCAUAGUGUGUGCGGGGUACAAUGCGAGCAGAGAUGUUGUCACUUUGGUCAAGUCAGUUCUGUUUCACAGACGGAAUCCUCUCCACUUCCAUUUCAUCACGGACUCCAUCGCUCGGAAGAUCCUGGCUGAUCUCUUCCACACCUGGAUGGUGCCAGCAGUUCAUGUCAACUUUUAUGACGCUGAUGAGCUGAAGUCUGAGGUCUCUUGGAUCCCUAACAAGCAUUAUUCUGGCAUCUACGGCCUGAUGAAGCUGGUGCUGACCAAGACACUGCCCUCUGACCUGCAGAAGGUCAUCGUCCUGGACACUGACAUCACCUUUGCCACAGACAUCGCUGAGCUGUGGGUCGUUUUCCACAAGUUCAAAGGUCAGCAGGUUCUUGGUCUGGUGGAGAAUCAGAGUGACUGGUACCUUGGGAACCUGUGGAAGAACCAUCGGCCGUGGCCAGCGCUGGGCAGAGGCUUUAACACCGGGGUGAUUCUACUGUUGUUGGAUCGAUUGAGGAAGCUAAAGUGGGAGCAGAUGUGGCGGCUGACGGCAGAGAGAGAGCUCAUGAGCAUGCUGUCUACAUCCCUCGCUGAUCAGGACAUCUUCAAUGCUGUGAUCAAGCAAAACCCAUUCCUCGUGCACCAGCUGCCCUGCUUUUGGAAUGUUCAGCUGUCGGAUCACACCCGCUCCGAAAAGUGCUACAAAGAUGUGUCCGACCUCAAGGUGAUUCACUGGAACUCUCCGAAGAAACUGCGUGUGAAGAACAAACACGUGGAGUUCUUCAGGAAUCUCUAUCUGACGUUCCUGGAGUAUGAUGGGAAUCUGCUGAGGCGAGAGCUCUUCGGCUGUCCUAGCGAAACGGACCACAACUCAGAGAAUCUCCAGAAGACCCUGUCUGAGCUGGAUGAAGAUGACCCAUGUUAUGAGUUUCGUCGGGAGCGCUUCACAGUCCACCGCACACAUGACUAUUUCCUGCACUAUGAGUACGAACCACCGUUAGAUAACACUGACGUGACACUGGUGGCCCAGCUGUCUAUGGACAGACUUCAGAUGCUAGAGGCCAUCUGUAAACACUGGGAAGGGCCCAUCAGUCUGGCCCUCUACCUCUCAGACGCUGAAGCCCAGCAGUUCCUGCGAUACUCUCAGGGCUCUGAGGUCCUGAUGAGCAGGAGCAACGUGGGAUACCACAUAGUCUAUAAAGAAGGCCAGUUCUACCCUGUUAACCUGCUGCGUAAUGUUGCUAUGGGGCAGGUCAACACACCCUACAUGUUCCUGUCGGAUAUUGACUUUUUGCCCAUGUAUGGACUCUAUGAGUACCUCAGGAAAUCGGUUGUUCAGCUGGAUAUGGGGAACACUAAAAAGGCUCUUGUGGUUCCAGCAUUUGAAACCCUGCGCUAUCGGCUGUCCUUUCCCAAAUCAAAAGCAGAGCUCCUGUCACAACUCGACAUGGGCACUCUGUUCACAUUCAGAUAUCAUGUUUGGACAAAAGGUCACGCUCCAACAGACUUUGCUAAAUGGAGAACUGCUACAACACCAUACCGAGUUCAGUGGGAGGCCGACUUUGAGCCAUAUGUGAUGGUCAGACGAGAAAGCCCAGAGUAUGACCGGCGCUUUGUGGGGUUCGGGUGGAAUAAAGUAGCUCACAUCAUGGAGCUGGACGCUCAGGAGUACGAGUUUGUGGUUCUGCCCAACGCCUACAUGAUCCACAUGCCCCACGCGCCCAGUUUUGACAUCACCAAGUUUCGCUCGAAUAAACAGUACCGCGCUUGUCUGAAGACGCUGAAAGAGGAGUUUCAGCAGAAUAUGUCUCGGCGUUAUGGUUUCGCUGCGCUCAAAUACAUGACAGUGGAUAACAACAGCUAGCCGAGCACAUUGUUCAGCGAACCGAUGAAAUAACCAAUAAAAUAAGCUGAUCAAGGAGUGCUGUGUGAGGGCACCUUUAUGGAUGUGUUCAGUGAAACUGAGAUUGCAAGGUCAUUAGGAGACACGGCUCGAGAUCAUCCAUUCAUUCAGGGAUCCGAUAAGACGUUUAUCAGUGGUGUUUGACUAAUGUGCCGAGAAAUAAACUGAUGAUUAGAAGUCAUUGAUGAACUUUUGUGAGAAGGAAAGCAGAUCCUACAAAGGAAAAC